AAGAAGGUUCUCAAUCGAAUUCAAUACUUGCGAUUUAAGCCUCGCAAAAGAGCAUCUCCAGUUGAAAGGGCCACAGAUUGGGACUUCCACUGAACUACUGGACCUCAAACCUUCACUCCCCAUCGCUCAUUUUUCCUUUUACUGAUAGAUCUUUCCCACUUUGCUCCCCUCUGCUCCUUCAUCACUGCUCUGGUUGCAAAACCCAGUAAAAUGCAUCUCCAGAAACUGCGAUUUCGCUCUUGCUUCAUUUUGUUCAGGAUCUAACUCUCUGCUUAGCUGAUUGCCAUGAGUGGUGGAGUAGCUGAUGAUGGGCCUUUAGAUUAUGCCAGGAUUCAGAUCAUACCUUCUGAGAACAGGUAUGAGGCAUUUGUUUGCUAUGGCAAUGAGGUAGAUGGACUGGCGGAGGGGAAUCUGGAUGCGUUGUUGCUGCAUUUACCAGAACUACAAGAGCUCAAUGCCAAAGGAUCUAAGGCUAGCAUUAAACUCUUACCAUCAGCUUCUUCAGGGGGUACAACAUGGUUUACAAAAUCUACUUUAAGAAGGUUCCUCCAAAUAGUUGGCUCACCAGAAUUACCGAAUAUGAUGAAAACAAGGAAUGAGAUGUCUCAACUAGAAGAAACCAAAAGAUUUCAUCUUUCUUUAUAUGGCCAGGGUCAGAGGUCAAAGACCGAAGAGAAAGAUGGCAACCUCGACUCCUCUAGUCCAAAACACGGGUCUGGACCUGAAUUUGCUUCAUCAGCUGCGUCAAAAAAUGACUUGUUGCGAGCUAUGGACUUGAGGCUUACAGCAUUAAAUAAGGACUUAACUGCAGCAUUUGAAAAGGCUCACGGUGCAACUUGCAGUUCUAAAGAAAUCAGCAAUUUGGCAAAGUUUACUGAAUAUUUUGGAGCUAUAAAUUUGAAGAAUUGUACAUACAAAUAUUUGGAACUAAAUCCAAAGAGUGAUAAUGUUGAGCUCGUUACUGAUAAUAAGCACACAAUUACUUCAAACUUGUGCAACGAAAAUGCUAUUAGUGUAAAUGGAAGUAUUAGAGCUGAAAAAUCAAAUUCAUCUACACCAGUCAAAUAUGGUGUUUCACCCGCAAAAGUUGCCCAGAUUGAGCGACAGGAUUCAUCAGAAACUGAGUCUUCUGACUCUGAUAAUGAAAAUGGGACACCAGCAGAAAGAAGUAGAACAAUGGUACGCUCAACGGUUGCAAGAAGGUCAGCAUCACCCAUGAGAAGGGUUCAGAUUGGUAGAACGGGAUCCCGAAGAGCACCAGCAAUAAUGAUUAGGAGUCUAAAUCAUCUGCAAACAAGAGACAGUAUGUUUUCCCAAGGAGAUGCGGCAGCUAAUAGUGAUGAUGAUGAGGAAGGAUCAGAACCUUCCGGUGAAACAGCUGAUAACAAUGUAGGUAGAAUAUCUGUUCAGGAUGCAAUCAGUCUUUUUGAAAGCAAACAGAGAAACGAUGCUUCCGAUAUUCAGAAAAGAAGAUCAUUAGCUAAUAUAACCAUUGGUGCAAAUAAAUUUGUAUUGCGAAGAUGGAGUACAGGCAUGGGAGAGGCUUCUACAAAAUGCCACCCAGAGCUUGUUAGGGAUGAAUCAGAUCCAAUAAGUCAUGAUUUGGCUGAAGAGGUGCCAAAGAGUAAGUUAACAGAUGAAGAAGAAGUGGGAUCUGAUAAUAUAUCUUCAAUUGAUAAGACAUGUACAACUGCUGAAGUUGAAGAGAAAUUAGAAGAUUCAGAAAUAAAAACUUCUGAUUCACCAGAGACUCAAUCAGAUUCUCCCAUUAGUGAACCACAGGUAGCUAUCCAAAAGUUAUCUGCAAAUUCGGAAUGGACUAGAAGAAAGGAAGCAGAAUUAGACCAAAUGCUGAAAAAAGUGAUGGAAAGUAAGCGUAUGGCACAAAACAAUUCCCAAGCAAAUCGAAAGAAAGAUGUCAAUUCUGAACAGAGGGGUGAACUGUAUGAUCAGUACAAGGCAAAAAGAGAUGAAAAACGUAGGGCAGAGGAAGCUAAAAGGAAUACAAAUAAAGAGGCAAAAAUUAAGGGAACUCGACAAGUUGCAGAUGAUAGGAGAACCAAGAUAGCCUCUCCCGAAGUUAAUGUAACAAAAAAAUGUGCAACACGUAAGCCUGAAGUUCCAUCAGCAAAUUGGUCAAAAUCAGAAAACCCAAAGAAGGAGAUCUCCAAACCAUCCACGAUUGAGAAGAUUUCAUCUAGAACGAAACCAAUGGCUGCCACCCGUAAGUCCUGGCCAUCUUCUGCGUCAGAAAGAACCACUGGGAUUUCUCCAGCCACAGCGAAGGCAACACGUCAGAAAGCCCAAGCGGCAUCAUCCUCUAAUCGAUUGAGUGCUAAAGUGGAAAAAUCUCCCAUGCAAAAGAAAAAAGUGAAGGAAACUAAUGAUAGCUCAAGGGACUUGAGGAGUGUGAAGGAAAAGAAGGAAAUAAUUCAGGCAAAGUCUGGAAAAGUAACAAAAACAAAAGUUACACCGACUGGGGAUUCCUCUGUUCCUGUGAAGUCGAGAAUCCGUGACAAGGUAGCCAAAAAAAGCAGCAUAGUACCACUAGAAUCAAAGUCCUUUCAUAAGGGUUCUAGAAAUAGCUUAGACAAUAGUACUCCAGUGGUUAGCAAGACAAAACCUUCAAAACUUUCAAAACUUUCAAAAUCUGCUGAUUCUUCAAAUAAUAGCAAAAAAUUGACUCGUGAUCUGGAAGUUGAGGUUACAGUUCCUGCUCUUGCCAGUCAACCUGAUAAGGGGGAUGAUUUGGUGUCAGCUCAUUGCGAUUUCAAAACUGUUGUGAAUGAUCAACAGGAUAGUGAGAUACUGACUGUAGAUGUAGUUGAUGCUGAUCAAGGUAAUGUUCCACUUCAACAAAAUAAAGAGAAAUCUUCUUUGGAAAUUACGGUUGAAGGAGAAUCAAUGAUCCCAUCUAAGUCCACAGAGGAAAUAGAAGAGUUUCAAGAGUUACCAGCCAAUAACGAUAACAUGUCUCAACUUGCAUUGCUGGAAAACACUGCACCAAUUGAAAAUUCCCGUGUUCGCCUCUCUUUGUCCCAGAUGUUGCAGGAAGAAAAUAGUGAACCUGAUAGCAUUGAUUGGGGAAUUGCAGAAAAUCCUCCAAUGAUGAACUACCAAAGGGGUGCACCAAAAGGAUUUAAGCGACUCUUAAAGUUUGCAAGGAAAAGCAAGGGGGAAGCAAACCUAGCUGGUUGGUCGAGCCCUUCUGUAGUUUCCGAGGGGGAGGAUGAUUCUGAAGAAUCUAAACCUUUGAACACGAAAAAGGCAGACAAUCUAUUGAUGAAAGCUACUCAUAACUCUGGUCUUGUAAAGGCUUCACUGGACAAAAACUUUGACCAUGAAAAACUAUACUCAGGUACAUAUGGUGCACAUAAAUUUAAUUCCAAAUUUCAAGAAAGCCAUGAUCAUGCUACAGUUUCUUCAACUAAAGUUGGCAGGUCUUUCUUUUCCCUAUCUGCUUUUAGGGGCAGCAAAUAGGAAGAAUGAGGCAAGAGGUGCAUUUAUUUUGGGUUAACAAUGUAAAUUAUUGAUAUCAUUCUCUGCUUAUCUUCUUGAAGGUGCAUAUUGUGAAAGAAGCUACCCCUCUCUCUUCAUUCUACAGAAUUUGUAUUGUAUCUCUUUGAACAUAAAGAUUGACCAACAGUUGGUAUUCUUUUUCACUUGCUUUGCCAUGGGUGUAAGAUUCAAUAGCUUUGUUAAGCAUUUUGAUCUUCAA